AUGUCUGUGGAAGUGGCAGUAGGCCACCCUUCCUAUCCCACCACCUUUUGCCAUUAAUGCAAUAACUCAGCGAUCUAUUCAUCUGCAGUGCCCCCAUCUCAAGAAUCAUAACUUCCACUUCCUCAAACUUCACUCAAACUCUCUUUCUUUCUCUCUCUCUCUCUCUCCAUUUUUAUCUGCCCCUUCAUUCGUGUUGUUUGGGCCUUUUGGAAGUUGCUUGGUUGACUGAGCUCUUGCUUCAACUAGCGGAAUUCUUUGAUUUUGGGCGCCUCUGGUCCUUAAGUUUUUUGGGUUUUGGUUGUUUUGGUAUGAGAGAAUGAGAGGUGAGGAAAAACCAGUGGCUGAAGGGCAUGAUGUGGAUGAAGGUGAAAGAGCAGUUGCUAUUCCAAUUCAGGAGGUUGAAGAUUCAACUGGAAUAACUGAAGAAACACCACAUUUUCAGCAAUGGAGGCGGCAAAACCUCUUCCUAGAGAUACCCUCAAGAGAAAUGGAAGCCUCCUCUCAAGAUUCUGUUAGAAUAAAGAUGCCUCCAACACCAAGUCCGACUCCAAAAAAAGUAAAUUUCUUUCUGACACCUAGCCCAAGUGAUACAAGAGUAACUGGGUCUCCAGGUCCUUCUGCUACUAAAGGUAAAUCAUCCAAAAAAAGCCUCCUACCAAAAUUGAGCUUUAAGAAUCGGAGUGCUACUUCGGAUAGUGAUAAGGCUGCUAACCUAGCUCUAGGAGGUUCAUCUACAACCUCACGAGAAAAACCCUCAAUCUCAAGGUCAUUGUCACUUUCAAAGAUAUUCACUCCUAAAAUGAAGAGAACAUCAUCUCUACCUGGUACUCCACUUGAGCAUUCAAACCCAGAAUCAGUAAGUGGAGGAAGCAUAGGCAGUGCACUGAAAUCAGAUACAAGAGGAGUCCAUCGGCGAAUAUCUCGCUCACUUUCGGUCCCUGUAAACAAUAAAGAUAGAAGCAUAAAGAGAAUGGAUUCAUUUUUUCGUGUAAUUCCCUCAACUCCCCGGGUGAAGGAAUUGGAUGCAAUGACAAUGAAUUCAAGUCCAGCAGUGGAAGCAGAAAAUAAUGAAGCUGAUGGUGAGGAUAUACCUGAAGAAGAGGCUGUGUGCAGGAUUUGUUUGGUUGAACUGUGUGAAGGUGGUGAGACUCUCAAGAUGGAGUGCAGCUGCAAAGGUGAACUUGCUCUAGCCCACCAGGAGUGUGCUGUCAAAUGGUUUAGGAUCAAGGGUAACAAAAACUGUGAUGUAUGCAAGCAAGAGGUUCAAAACCUGCCUGUCACUCUUUUGAGGAUCCAGAGCAUUCAAACUCGAAAUAGUGGAUCAAAUAGAGCUCAUCAGACAGAAGUUAAUGGAUACAGGGUUUGGCAUGAACUGCCUGUACUCGUGAUUGUCAGUAUGCUUGCCUACUUUUGUUUUCUCGAGCAGCUUCUGGUUGGAAAUAUGGGUACAAGUGCAAUAGCCAUUUCUCUUCCCUUUUCUUGUGUACUGGGUCUUCUUGCCUCCAUGACUGCCUCAACCAUGGUGAAGAGAAGAUUUAUCUGGGUUUAUGCAUCUAUUCAAUUUGCAUUGGUGGUUCUCUUCGCGCAUAUUUUUUAUUCCUUGGUUCGUGUACAAGCCGUUCUAUCCAUUCUCCUCUCUACAUUUGCCGGGUUGGGCAUUGCAAUGAGUGGGAGUUCUAUUAUUGUGGAGCUGUUGAGAUGGAGACUCAGAUGGCGUGCCUGGUCAGAGCAGCAGCAGCAGCGUCAACGUUCCCAGGUGGGUGCGCAACCAGGCCAAGCAGCUGAGUCUGCUGCAGCUUCCCACCAUGCAAAUUCACAUCACCAGCGCCACCAUACUGAAUCUGAAAACCCAGAGACUUUUAGUAGGAGCUGAAUCAAUAGCCUGUUGAUGUUUUUUACCGCUUUUUUUUUCAACUUUCUAUCUACCUCCUAAGUAGAAACUCUUGAUGUUUUUGCUAUGUAGUAAUAUUUCAAAGUUGAAGCUUUUUUACUUUCACACAAAGAAAAAGAAAAAAACAGAUGAUUUAUAUAUAUACAUCAUAUUUUGAGUAAUUAACUUAGAUUGUCUUGAACAGGCUUGAGAAUAAUGACAGAAGGAAUUUUAAGUGUA